GUUUCCGUCGGGCUGCGAUGGCGGCUCGUGGCUGCGGGCGGCGGCUCCGGGCUCGGGGCGGAGCGGGGCGAGCGGCAGCGAGGGAUGGAGGAGGGGAACAGCGGGAGGAGCAGGAACCGCCGCACGGUUGGCACAGGGUGACCCGGUUCUGCCCGCAUUGCGGUGGCGGCGUGGAGCCCCGCUUCAGGUUCUGCCCGGCCUGCGGUGACCGGCUGCCCGCCCCGCCGACGGACGCGGCCGGAACGACGCUGCCCCGCGGCCCGAGCCCCGCGGCCGCCGCUGCUGGAGAACGGAGCGAUGCGGGGCCCGGCCUGUCCGAGCUGCCCGAGCCGGCCCGGCCGCCCGCCCGCACCCCGCCCCGCGCACCGUGCGCCGCCGCUCGCCGCGGUUCCCCCUCGCCCCGCAAGGCCCGGCCCGGCCCCGCGGAGCCGCUCCCGGAGGGCGAGGAGCUGCGGGACCGCGGCACCGGGCGCUGGACGCUGCGGCGGCUGCUGGAGCGGGGAGGAUGCGGGAUCAUCUAUGAAGCACAGUCAGCAUCUGGAACCUGUCCUCAAAAGCAAAGAUUCUCCCUCAAACUUGACGCCAAGGACAGUAAGAUCUACAAUGAACAGAACUUCUUCCAGAGAGCUGCGAAGAAGGACAGAGUGGAGAAGUGGAAGAAGCUGCACUCUUUGCCCUUGCUGGGAAUCCCCAGCUGUGUUGGCUUUGGACUGCAUGCAGAUAAGUACAGGUUUUUGGUGUUCUCUGAUUUAGGGCGAUCCCUUCAGUCCAUCCUGAACGACAACUUACACCUGAGUGAGAAGGCAGCUUUUCAGAUCGCAGUGCGGCUGCUGGACUGCCUGGAGUACCUUCAUGAGAAUGAGUAUGUGCAUGGGGACAUCACGGCUGACAACAUCUAUGUGAACCCUGCGGACCUCACGCAGGUGUCCCUUGCAGGCUACUACUUUGCCUUCCGUUACUGCCCAGAAGGGAAGCACGUGGCCAGGCGUGAAGGCAGCAGGACUCCUCAUGAGGGCACGAUAGAGUUUAUCAGCCAGGACAGCCACAAGGGAGCAGCGCCAUCUCGACGGAGUGACUUGGAAUCUCUGGGCUACUGUCUGCUGAAAUGGCUCUGCGGCUUCUUGCCUUGGUCCAAGGAACUGGACAAAGUAGAAACUGUGAUGGAAAAGAAAGAAAUGUACAAAAAUGAUGUGAUGUGCCUCCUCCGACAGUGCUUCAGCAGGCAGAGGUCAAUUCCAGAUGCCCUUCAGAGUUACCUGCAGCAAGUAAUGGCACUAGAAUACGAGGAGAAGCCCAACUAUGAGGCCCUGCGGCAGCUCUUCAAAAAGCCACUGCAGAUGCUGAAAGCUUCAGCUUAUGACUCUGUGGAUAUCAUGAUAGUACCAUAAAUCAAGAGAACUUGCACAGGACAACACAGCUGAGAGCUUUUUGCAGCGUGAGGCUUUUCCAAAAGAUGUGAAACAUUUUACCUACUGUUGUUUUAUAAUAAACUUAUUGAAAAGCA